AUGAACUUGCAACGCGCUCCUUCCUCUUCAGAGAUGACCAAGUUCGCUCCAUCGCGUUUAACAGAGGUUACCCACCAGAACGCGAUCAAGGUGUCUCUGUCCGUUCGCUUGACCAUGCUACCCCUUGCUAAUCAUUUCCAACCAUCGCUAGAGCGCCAGAGCAAUUGCACCUCUUUCGAUGGUCUCGACGGUGUCCAAUCUCCUGGUCAUAUCGUCCACUGUUAUACAAACACUUACGUGGAUCACUCUGCUCAGAUCUUCAAUGGCGACGUCGCACGUGCUUAUGAUCCAUCCUCUACUCGAGAGCAUCAUUUACAUGGUGGUUCCGUUAAAAACAAAAGCAAGCUCGUCAAUGGGGACCUUGAUAGAGACACGUUCCUGGCCAUUUUCUGCAACUCUGACAACGGAGCCCGUCAGGAGGGAGGGCGCCGGGAGGGAACCCGCUAUCGGCGGCGGGGGCCCCGUGCGGAGGGUCGGGCCGACCCACAACCCCGGGGUUGA